GAUUUGAAUUUAUUCUUGACUUCCUAUAUUAAUGCCAGAAGUAGAGCAGGAGCAAGAGCCCAAUCUAAUACUUGACUUUUUGCGAAAUGCACAACAACUACACGGAGAUGUUUCCGUUCAUGAUUAUGUUUGCGAAACAAGCUAUGACAAUCAGAAGGAUAUCAGCCGCAGCGGUUCUUAUCCGCGUCAUCCUAUUCGCCGCUACUGUGCCCGACCUAGCAGUAGAUGCCGUUAGUCUGACCGCAAAUGAAGAGUACAGGCGUGAUUAUUUGCGACUGCAAGGACCACAGCGGGCGUCGACACCGACUUCAUCCGAUUCCGAUGUUGAGCUCCGCCAGCAUUACACCGCUACCGCUGUUCCCGACACCUGCGACGGAUGUGCGGACGAUCUCUGUCGAAGGAUGCGAAAGUGCGACAGGCGCCUGGCUGCCCACGGACUUUGUUCCCUAUCGCAGGCCGCGAUCUGCAGCCUGGCCACCGCGGGUGUGGCAGUCCUGGGAGUCGGGGCUUGGAAUAUGUUCAAACCAGUGCCGCCGUGUCGGACUUAUUUGUACAUUCCCGGCGGACUACUUGAAGAGUCGGCGGCAAGCGCAAGCAGGAACUCACUCGAAGUCCCAGCAACAUCUUCUACUUCACGAGGUGCAACCACAGGCGGCCCUGACGGCGUUCAUCAGCCCGUUUCUCGUGGUGGACGGCUACUCCUGCAAGUAGAGGAAGCAAACCGGCGGUUGGCUGAUAGGGAGGAGGUUCCUGAUGCGAAACAACGUCGGCCACGCUUUCUGGCUGCGGCAAUGACAGAACAUUCGGGCGCAUCGCCGAAGGACACCCUCACGGAGAUUCCCGGGUACAGGCUUUUCAAGCACCUUUUGGACGCGGGGGAAAGUAGUGACAGCACUGUCACGAAGAAAUUCAAUUACCCGGAUAUCUUUCAGAGCGACGUGUGCUCGGAUCUGAUCAUUCCACAAAACGCGGCCGAAUAUCAAGACGAUGUGGCCAUGCCCGCCUACGUGAAGUGCGAUCCCAGGAAUUUGGACGAGUGCCUCAUACGAAGCGGAAAAUUUUCUUGUGGUCUUGUGUAGAAAAUGUUCUUGGAAUUGCAUGGCUGAGUGUGAUAAUGAUGAAACCUGAUGAACAUGAAGCAGAACUGAUGGCGAUGCCAGUGAUGAAGAUGUAAGGACUGGAUCUGAUUGGGUGUCUGUCUAGAUCUAGAAGGUAAGUAAACUACGAGCAGUGCAUCGGAACAUCACGUCGUGACACACAGAUUGAUAUUGAAUUUUCGCGUGCAUAUCCGUCCCACAUCGAAUAUCGAGCGCACGGGUACCUGCCCCUGGAACUCUACACAAAAUUGGCGGGCGACCUAACAGCGAACCCGGAAAAAUAUUUUCCAGGCAGCGUGAUCUUCCGAGCGCCCGGAGUUGAAUUGCAAACUUUCCUCGAGCAAGGCCUGAAAUCGUCCUUCGUCAGCAGCUCCUCGCCUGCUUCGCUGAUGCAAGAACAGCUCGCAGCAGGAGCAGCACUCGACGGCCCUACCGAUUCGAUUUCUGACAUCGAGGUGCAAUCCCCCCGACAGGCGCGGUCGCUGCUGGCCACGGGACGGGCCAACUAUCUCCCGGCAUUCACUGAAAAAAUCUACCCGAUGCUGGAAGCGCGGCUGAUCAAAGCUCUGGCCCCUCUGGGAUUUAAGGACGUCAUGCUUGCCCGCGAAGCACUUUUUGGCCAGAAAGACGAACAAGGCGGGUUAAUAUUUCCACCAGGAAAUGGUGGAGGACUGGCGAACCCGCUGAAAGCCACGAAAAGCGACCAGGUGGAGUUUCUGGUGGCAAAGGCGAAGCGAGAGCCGGCUUUUUUGCGGAAGUUCAAAAAUCCAACCGCCUUUCAGGUUUCCGAGGCCGCGGCCGUGGACCAGGCGUCCGUGGUGACCGACUUGCAUGAAUUUUUCUCGAACCUAUUGGAGAUCUGCGAGCACCUCACCUUCGACACGCAGCAGACCAUCGGAUUUGCGUACGACGAACCUAUUCUCAUGUUUGCCAACGCAAUGGGGGAAGAUCUGCCGGAUGCCACCACGGACCCGCGGCUGUACCCCCCGCACGCGGCGAACUGGAAGGUGAGCGGCACGGACGCGGACCCGGAGUACUUACUCUAUUCUCCCGUCGAGAUGGCAAUCUUGAAGGACCGGCGCGAGCUCAACGCGGAAGCCCUGUCGCCCACAUGUUCCCCUUUCGGCAAGAUCCGGACACACGCCGGGUACAACGACGAGUGCGGUCAGGACAUGGUCCAUAUCGAGCGGCAGCCGCCUGCCUUUUUGGGAAUGGCAGACAAGGAACAAGUAGUGCUCCCGCCGCGAGGUGGACCGCCCCAGCAGGCCCAGGAAAUAAGAACCGCAGACAACAAGAAUAAUUCAUCUACCUCGAGCGGAGCAACUGCAUCUUCUUCAGCUUCGGCAGGAGCUGGAGCUACAGGCUCUUCGGGGAUAAAAAACGUAGGUCAGUGGUGGUUUUCGUUCCAGGCCAGGCUCGAAGCAGCCGCGACAGAGCGGGCACAGAACUUGGUCGCGCAGCUCGUCAAGGCCAGUCCCUCGCCAGUGCUUUCGGAUGGCAGCCUGGUUGCGCCGUGCGGGGACGUGGAGCGCCAGCCCCCGCCGCCCGAGGAUGACAACUCCAGACGGCUUCUGGCGAUCAUGGAGCAGGGGAAAGAUGAAAUGAAAAAGGAUAUGCUGAGUGCUGGUGAAGAGCCGGACGGUGGGAAUCGGGACCGGACGGGGUCCUCACCGCAGCGCAUUUGUGUCUCGCGCCGAGAAGACGACGAGGUUGAUGACGCGAUCACGUCUUCCGAAAGCGGGUUCCUAGCACCGAUGAGAAAGCUAUACAGCCACGGCACCGCGCAUAGUUCCGGAGGUAUAGAAAACUGCGCUCUUUGCCCCUUUUGUAAGUAACUUCUUGGCCACGCGAAACGGCGCCCCCUGCUGGUCUUUUUGUUUUUGGUUUAGAACUUGAAAAAAUGUGGUCCUCUCUUCAACUUUAAGUCCAAAUUCUAUGAAAAAAUCUGAUACUACACCGACCUCCAGGGCACUCGCACGCAUCUGGGCACCACUCUAGCACCUACGCAAUGUCUCACACGACGGGCACGCACACGCACAUCUCGGUGUCAGCCUAUCACGCGAGCAUCCACAGCCGGAUGGGACACAAUAACGUCCGAUCCGUAGUACCGUCCGUGGCGGCGGCGAAUCUGUUGCAUCACGUUUCUAUCGACCUGAACAAUGCGGAAGAACAAGCAACGGACCCGGCGACGGCAAGUUUUAGCAAGUGUUUUCGCAUCGAGGUCGUGCCCGAGGUAGAAGGUAGCAGGAGGCUGCAGGGCCUGGGGUGGCUCCUGGGUGGCGGGGGAGACCAGCAGGAACCGAAAAAGAAAAUAUCCUUCUGAAAAAUGUCGACGCAAAAACGCAGAUCGUCCAUCAAGCUCCCUAGAAAGAAGAUAAAAUGGCGCGUCAAAAGAUAAGUACUGAUACUCGAAGUGAUUGCAUGCACUGUGUAGCUGCAACAUCGUCCAAUAUUUUUGAAAAGUCCCAAUAUUUUUCGGUGCAAGGCGGCGAAGUGAGUCUCCUGCAUCUACUGCUGCUCCGCUCCUAUAUCAUAUGUGUGCAAAGCAGAACCAGAAGCUCCGCUUCACGUCACGACAGAGGUUGAACUUUGUGAUAAUCCAGCUUCGACUCAUAUCAGCGGUAUGAUAUUGUUUGAAAGCAUGCGUCAAUUUCCUCGAAAGAGAGAUUUAGAUUGAUCUCGGUGCAGCUGUCGACAUUUCUCAACCAGAACCUACCGCGGAGGAGCUGGUGCCGUGGAACGAGUUGUAUGGGAACGUCUCCAAGGAUCUUACCACGCUGCUGCGAAAGUAAGUAUGUAUCAGACUUGAAUUCAUCGUGCAUGGAAAAUCAAAAUCUUGAUUUUUUCAAAUCAAAAGUCUCACUCUGAAUUUUUCUCCGGCUUGUUAUUUCCGGUUGCUGUCAUGUGCUGCCACAGAGACAGAAAAAGCGAAUAAAAAAGUGAACCGGCGGAAAAAUCUUCGAAACUACAGAUACAAAUCCGCUGCUAUUUACGAAGACACCCUGAAAAAACGGAUUUUGGACCGAACUACGGACUUCGUCAGUACCGUGCUCACGCCGUUGUUUACGACUACAGUGUAUAAACGCAUGCUAUUUUUGAACCCAUCAAAGAACCAUUCUCAGCUGCGCUGUGGUUCUUGUACGUUGUGAUAAAUACGCACUUUUUUAUUCCUUCGUACAUGAAAUAAGCAGACAGUGUCUGCUUAUUUCAUGUCUGCCAGACACUAGUGUCUGCCAGACACUAGCACACUUGUGCUCCAAGGACGACGAGAACGUCAGCGCUACGAUUUGAUGAAACACCUUCCUGCUAACACAACGCACAGCAUCUUCGAGAACCUUUUCAACCCUUCGACGUGGGUGGUUGACGCUUUCUUAUCCGGCAGAAAUUUUCUCGAGAAUUCGAACCCUCUGCGCGAUAUUUUAUUUGGCCGCACGUUUGUCUUUCUGGACGGAGGAAAGGUCUUUGAGGAAUUUCGCCGCACCGACCUGUUCCAGGGAUUUCGCUACCCAAUGACGGAACCGCCUCCAGAAAGUAGCAGCACCGCGGACAGUGGCGAAGGGGAAAAAGUCUUGGAGGUAAAGAUACAUUUACAUAAGCAAGAACUGCAGUGUAAUACUGUCAUCUGGGACAUGAGUUCCUCAUGACGUUCUUUCGGUUCCUUUUCUAUAUCGUGAACUAAAAUUUAGGAAUAGUGGACAAGAAUUUGACGAAUUUUACUACUUACAAUAGGACUAUGAGACUAUGAUUGGACUUUUUCAAGAACAACAAAACAGUUCCGCAUUCCGCCGCUGAUGGGUCGUCGCUUGGUCUUGAAAAAGACCCAACGACUGGUACCAAGCGCGACCAUAUGGAUUGCAAAAAUGUCUGGGUCUGGAAGAAUGCAUGAGUUUGUCAUGCAGAUUUUGCAUGACCCAUGAGGUCUGUGAUGCAUGCCCUAGCAUCAGAGAUUGUGCGAGGGCUUUCUGAUGCUCAUACCGCAUGAGAAAUGCCCUCUCCGCGUAGCACAAAUUACACCUCUUUUGCUGUUCAUGCAAUACAGAUUCUAUGUAGAGGCCAAACGCAGCAUCACAAGUUGCAUUCUUCCAGACCCAGACAUUUUUACAUUUGAUAGACCACGAUGGGAAUAGAAGCGGGAGUAGAGCCGGGUAGCGGUAGCGGAGGAGGGGAAAACGAAAAGCCUGAUAAAAUAAACUACGGGACGCUCCUCGCCGUUACGGAGUUUACGGUGCAGGCGGUGCAGUACCAUCACACCCACGACCUUAACGGUAUGGGGUUCUCAAGCGUUACAUUCUCAACUGUUACAUGAUUUGUCAUGCAAAAUGACCAUGACCCGCCAGACGAUCAAGCUGCUUCGCAUGACAAAUUCUCGGAGGGCUAAAUAGCACUGCAGUCCGCACCAAACCUGUAAUGCAAGACGCGCAAGAUUCUCCAUCUUGCCUGUGCUAGUCUUGCAUUACAAAUUCAUGUAACAGUUGAGAAUGUAACGUUUGAGAACGCCAUACACGGCAAGGGCCCGCUGGACGCGUCCUCCUUCGAUCGCCCAGUGUACUUACGUCCGGCCGCGUCUGGCCCCGUCAUGAUGAAACCUUUUCCAGAGUUUGGAGAGCUCAGUGCCUAGUGGUAGAAGAUGAAGAUCUUCACCGCACAUUUACAGAAGUUAGUAUGGACAAACUUAGUGUCCUGUAUGUGCAAAAGAAGCUGCUGCUGCAUCGUGUUGCAUUUUGUGCUCGGUGGAACAAGAAUGAAUCACCUUCGUUUCUAAUAAAAGAUAUUUCCAGGGAAUACGAGCUAAACUACGACGUAAAGCGAAAGAACGCAGAGAAAUUCACGGAUUCGCACAACCCCCUAUGCCAUGAGCAUGAAGGGUUGUUUCGACAAACUAUGUAUACGAUACUGCUUCAUACUUUUGCAUGAUGGAGUCACCAGGUAAAUUAAUAGGAUCAUGAUUAUCUACAUCUUUGACCGAAAAAAACAUGUUCGUCCAAACUAACUGGCCGACAAAGACCCUCUGGUC